GAGUUUAAGGAGCGACGGUCCCAACACAAGCUGAAUUGGCUGCCAUUCUUGUAGCCGAGUCCUAUGCGUUUAGCUCCCAGUCCCAGGAGGCCUCCUAAGAUUAACAAGCAAUGGAAGAAGCAGGUCAAAUGCAGCCUUGCAAUGAAAAGCAGGUACCAAACUCUGAAGGUGGAUACGUAUGGCAGGUUAUGGACAUGAAUCGAUUGCGCCGUUUCUUGUGUUUUGGUUCUGAAGGAGGUACUUACUACAUCAAGGAACAAAAAUUGGGCUUUGAAAAUGCUGAGGCUCUGCUGAGGCUUAUUGAAGACGGCAGAGGCUGUGAAGUGGUACAAGAAAUAAAGACGUUCAGCCAAGAAGGCAGGGCAGCAAAACAGAAGCCUGUAUUGUUUGCACUUGCCAUUUGUUCUCAGUGUUCUGAUGCAAAAACAAAACAAGCGGCUUAUAAGGCUGUCCCUGAAGUUUGUCGCAUACCAACCCAUCUCUUCACUUUCAUCCAAUUUAAAAAGGAUCUGAAGGAGGGCAUGAAAUGUGGCAUGUGGGGUCGUGCGCUAAGAAAAGCUGUUGCAGAUUGGUACAAUGGCAAGAAUGACAUGGCUAUUGCCUUAGCAGUGACAAAAUAUAAGAAAAGAAAUGGCUGGUGUCAUAAAGAUCUCCUCAGGUUGUCACAUUUAAAGCCAGCAAAUGAAGGCCUUGCUAUAGUCACUAAGUAUGUAAUGAAAGGGUGGAAGGAAGUCCAGGAGGCCUAUAAAGAAAACAAGCUUUCUGCUGAGACUGAAAAACUGUUAAAAUACUUGGAGGCAGUGGAGAGGGUGAAGCAUACAGAGGAUGAAUUGGAAGUGAUUCAUUUGAUAGAAGAGUUUAGUUUAGUUAGGGAACACCUCCUGACAAGUCAUUUGCAAUCUAAAGAGGUGUGGAAAGCAUUGCUACAAGAGAUGCCUUUAACAGCAAUGUUGAGGAAUCUGGGAAAGAUGACAGCAAAUUCUGUACUUGAACCGGGAAGUCCAGAAGUAACAAUAGUUUGUGAAAGACUAAAAAAUGAAAAACUUCUUAAAAAGGCUCGAAUACAUCCAUUCCAUAUUUUGGUUGCACUAGAAACCUACAAAGGGGAACGUAGCUAUAGGGGGAAACUUCAUUGGCAACCCGACAAGGACAUUUUGGAAGCUCUUGAUGCUUCAUUUUACAAGACCUUCAAGACAGUAGAACCAACGGAGAAGCGUUUCUUGCUUGCAGUUGAUGUCAGCGACUCUAUGUUCCAAAAGGUUUUGGGUAGUGUGCUGAAUGCCAGCACAGUUGCUGCCGCAAUGUGUAUGGUUGUUGCACGCACUGAAAAAGAUUCUCAUAUUGUUGCCUUUUCCCAUGAAAUGGUCCCUUGUCCAGUGACGGAGGACAUGACUUUACCUCAAGUAUUACAGAAAAUGUCUGAGAUUCCAAUGGGUGCCACUGAUUGUUCUCUUCCGAUGCUUUGGGCUCAAAAGACAGGUGUAGCUGUCGAUGUCUUUAUUGUGUUCACGGAUAAUGAGACCUUUGCUGGAGAUAUUCAUCCUGCCACAGCCUUGAGGCAGUAUAGGGAGAGAACGGGUAUUCCAUCCAAACUGAUCGUUUGUGGAAUGACAUCCAGCGGCUUCACCAUUGCAGACCCGGAUGACAGGGGCAUGUUGGAUAUAUGUGGCUUUGACACAGGAGCACCAGAUGUCAUUCGAAACUUCACUUUGGAUUUGAUUUAAAUCUGUGAGCACUUGCUUUAUUGAAGCGGUUACUGGCUGAAGACAUUGAUCUGGGACCUACCAGUUGGAUUGACUGACUGUGCUAACUCAUGGCUGAGUCUGAUGCAUCAAUUGGAAUGUUGUAACAUUUUUAAAGAGGAUGUAAAGAGGCAGAGGCAACAUCCACUUUCUGGGGAGAUUGUUUACAUCUGUUGAACAUAGAUUAAAAAUAGAAAUGGGAAGCCUUCUAGAAAUAGCUAUGGAACACAGUGUAUGCUUUUAAAUUUUUUUGGUAAUAGUUUACCUAUUACAAGGUAUUCCAUCACUAGACUUUGUUUUCCAUGAAUAGUUUUACUUUAUUACUCCCAAGGUGGGAAGUGAUGUCAAUCUUUUACACUGUGUUGGAUUGAUAACUAUUUGUGUGAGUAGUUUUCAUUCAUUGUAUUGACAAGGAAAUGUGAGGACAGGUCUGCACUACAAGUUAACUCACUUAUAUCAAUGUGUAUUGGUUUGCAUUGCUUACAGGACAUUUAUAUCUGGCAACUUGCUACUUUCAAUGCACCUUGUAUUAGUUGGUAAUUCUGUAUCUACAAGUAUUGGGGUGUUUGGGGACAACUGGAUUGUCCCAAAGGAUAUGUGGCUGGUGGUUGGCCUUCAGCCUCCUCCUAAAAUCUUCCUUAUUUCAAAACAUGUUGAGUAAGAAUUGCUCGAUUUUGUAAUUGUGCUUUAUGAUCACAUCGGUUUGUGAAUAAGCAUCUUUUAAAUUUUCUAUGUUCUUUCCUGGCAUGGAGACUAGGAGGGCUCAUCAAGCAGGUUUGUGUUUUUGCACCUGUUAGCAAAAGAGAAUAAGGUUUAUGAUUCACAUUUUUGAAGUCAGGAAACAGUGAAGGGCAGAGGAUAGCAUUCACCAGAAGACAAAAGUUGUGAUGACUAAUUUUCUAGGGUUUCCUGCCCACAUGCAUUUUAUAGUGCAACAGAUAGAAGCAGGGAACUUGUGUGUGGCACAGUCCUAUGGUGAAGUAGGUCCUUGCUUUUGGCCCCAUCCUAACCUGGAUCUACACUAUUGCUUUAAAGCGCUUUAUAACAGUUUUAUAGCACUUUAAAGCAGUAGUGUAGAUCCGGCCCUGGUGUCACAUGCUUGGGCUAGCCCUGCCCUCCAUCCAUGCAUGUUCAGCAUGCAUAGUUGCAAAGGAUCCUUUAUGUGUUCCAUGCGAUCAGGACACCUGGUUGAGCACUAUCCCAAUAGUGUGGAGCCCCUAUGCCUAAAAAGCUGCUCUCACAUAGAUGUUCUUUUGCAGACCUUUUUGCUGAAUACGCAGGUGUCAGACAGUGGGACUAGCCUGAGGAUAUGACAUUAAGAGCAGGAGGGCAGUCCUGCUCCUAUUUCACCAUGGGACUGCCCUACACAUAAUUAGCAUGUGAAUAGGGCUUAAGAUACUGUCUUAAGUGUGAUAAUACAACGAUACAGAUUCUAGGUGUAUUGAAUGCAGUUGAUGCCAAUGAGAAGCACAAUAUAGGUACCUCCUGUCAGCAGUGAGUUGUGAUAAAAUACUGGUGCAGACAAAACCUAAGAACCGCCCUUGGAGUUUUCAGUUGUGUGUUGUACUAUAGAGAAAUUCCUCCUAGAAUGCACUAGACCAUGUAACUGUGAGAAGGAUACGAAAGUUACAUAUCCUAUUUUAAACUAAAGGAAAAAAGUUAUAGUAAAAUUGUAAUGGAUGGUUGUAUCCAAUAGUUGUGCAUGUGGAAGGCAGGUUGUGCACCUGAUUGUUCUCUUCCUCUCCUCCUCCUUGGACUUCCCUGUACCCACAAAAAUUGCUCUUCAACGGGGCUGUCAUACAGUGCUUCAGUGCGCAGGGGGAGAAUCAGCUGAAAGUGGGUGGAGGGAUCUUGCUCCAUUGGGAGCUCUGCUGGUGCAAAAUCCUUCUGGCUGAUAUAGAGUGGUUCUUCCCUCAUACUGCCUCUGCUGUUCAGAAGGGAACCUGACACUCUCGAGGCAGUUUCCAGAGUCUGUAGUGGUGAGGAAGGGAAGAAAAGAAAAGAAAUAUCAGUUGUGCAACCUGCCUUGUACAAGCAAUGGGUACAAACCAGCAUUAUUUGGCUUUUCUGGAGUUCAAUAUGUGUACAUAUAUCAGAAUCCUUUCCUGUACAGCCUCCUCUGAAAGGUGUGAGAGGUGCACAAGAGCUGCCAUCUUUUUGUGCAACUCCCAUUUCUUUCAGUGAGAUUGUUUAGAAGGUUACCAACAAAUUUACCUUUGCAUAUAUAGAACAACUGUGUUCAUCAGUUCAACAGGUAAAACAAAACGAAUACUAGUGCAUGUAUAUUGGACUCCUUAACUAUGCCCAAUAAUUUCAGAAACUUUCUAAUUGUUUAGCCAAGUUUUUAUUUAGGUUGACAAAUUUCUUUCAUGUAUAUUUUGGAAAAUACUUCUUAGUGCAAAUAAUGUUCUUUUUUUUGAAAACCAAGGAGAAUUAUAACAAAAUACAGACUGUACUCUGCCAGUACCAUAACUCAUCCUGGUAACCAUUUCCUUUAGACAGGAAUGACCAAAAUUGCAAUAACUGUCCCCUUCUUAUCCCAGUCAAACGUUUUUGCACUAUAUUCUGUAUAACAGGUGUCUACUAUAGGUAUUUGCAUUUUUUCACAACUCCAGAACAUUGCUUGCAGUGGUUUUUUUUUAAAAAAAAUGCUUAAAAUUACUAGAAAAUGUUCUCCAGCCUUUUUUUGAUACUAGUACCUAAACAAUAACACAAAUUAGCUAGAAUCUGCAGUUGUUUCAGGGUGUGCAUUUUAGAAUCUGAGAGUAUGUAAAUAGUGAGAUGUGCUUAAUAUAGGGAUGCAAUGUUUGAUUGAAAGAGUAUUUAAUUAAACUUUGAUCAAAAAGGAGUUUGAUUAAUUGAGCAUCACCUUUAAAAAUAACAAUGUUGGAUGAAGUAUCCCCCUGACAAUGGAAGGUUUCUAGCAAUGGAACAGGAAGGAGGCAUUUCUUGGCAGGCACAGGGGCAGGGGGAACGAGAGGAAAGAAACAUUCUGUUACAUGAGCAGAAGUAAAUGCUGGAUAUAUCCCAAAAUAAGCACUUAAACUACAAAAGACAGGCACCAUCUUAGAAAAGCCCUAAUUUAAUAUCUUCAGAAUAAUGAUGAUUAGAAUUUGGUACAGUUCAGAUAGGUGUGGGUUAUUUCUGUUAGUGCUGCGAUGUGUAGUUAGUUACUUUUCUGCCCUCUACAGAAGCAGCAAGUGAUCAAAAGCAGCUAUAUUGAAAUCAUGCCAUUUGAAGAACUUGUGGCUGCAUGAAACACUGUCUGUAAAUGAUCUUUAUUAAAGAAUAUUUAAGUGUCUGAAAUGUUUCCACAGUGCUGGGCUGAUUUACCAGUAUCGUAGAUGAUAUUUAUUCUCAGUUAACUUUCUUGUACAUUUUCUGAGAGGACUCCUAAGACAUUUCCUACUUAAUUAUAAAAGAAUAAAUAUCGUUCUGGUUGUUCUUAUUAUUACUAUGCCUCUUCCUGAAGAGAAAUGCUCAAUAUGGAGUACCUGCAUGGUUACUCUUGAAGUAUUAUUGAGAGUUACUUACAAAUUGAACAGAACUGCUCCCCUCUCCAGAUAUGAGAAUCUCAAAAGGACAGAAAAUGGUAAAAAAUAGAAUAGACUAUUGCUGCUAAGUCUGAAAAGAGUUGCUAUGCGUAAACACUCUUUGUUUUUAAAUAUGUGUUUUGUAUGUUGUUUGUAAAGGUUUGGUUGAAGACUAGGUGGUUCAGAGAAUGAGCUAACUGAGUAGAAAAGUGACCUUGCAUAGCUUUGGCAAAGAUUUGGUUUAUUGAAAACUGAAAGGAUUACAGCUAUAUCUGUAGCAAUUUUCUAUUCUCUUUAGAAAUGAAGAGAUCCUAUUGUUUUGCAAGUAGAGAUUUGGGGCCAAUUUUGAUAUCACAUUUUCCCUAUAUAGAGGAAUGCCUGUAACAGAAUAUGGACAAAAAAUAUUAAGUCAGAUAGAAAAACCUAUGUAGAAAUAUCCAGCAGGAGGCAUGAACCUAAUUUCUUGUUCCUAGACUUUAUUUUAGAUCAGGACUUGGCAACUGGGGAGGUCCUGGGGUCAUUAUCACCCACCCACCCCAGCCUCCCUGCCGUAGGCUGCCCAUCCCACCCUUGCAGGUGCAAAAAAUAAAAUACAAUUUAGAAAAUGGCACUCGAGCUGCUCUAGACACUACUUUUUUCUGAAUCCCCUCCCUCCCAGCGGUGGGAGCUGCAUGCAGGCUGUGUGUCGCCCACCCUUGCUUUAGGUGCCCUCAGAGAUGUAGUUAUGUCCUAUGAAAUUUUUGCUUCCUAACCCUUUCAAUAGUAGGAACUCCCUGUGACAUCACAAAUUACUUUUGAAACUUUCUUCAGCUUCAAAGGGCAUUUGCCGCAUGACCUGGGACAAAUGGGUGGCUGUACAGAAAACACGAGUCAAAAUCUUCCUUGGACAUACGGAGUUCUUUAAAUCAGUGUCUCUUUCAGCAAGAAGAUGUGAUAUGUUUGUUUGUUUUUAUCUUGGCAUAGAUUUCCCACGAAGGGGGGGGGGAAUUACAGCAGCAUUAGAUGAUAGACAGUGAGAUUCAUGAUGCAGAAUACUGGUUCGAGGACUUAUUUUGGUUAGCCUUGUUUAUUCGUUCAGUCGUCAGAGCUUUCUGUCGGCCGCCACUACCCCUAGCUCCCCCAAGGUCAAGUCUGUUACCGCCAGAAUAUCAUCCAUCCAUCUUGCCCUUGGUAAGCCCCUCUUCCUUUUGCCUUCCACUUUCCCUAGCAUCAGCCUCUUCUCCAGGGUAUCCCGUCUUCUGGAUACCCUGGAUAAUAAAAUGAGCUAGGUUAGCCUAGCUCAUUUUAUUCUCCAAAACACCUACGUUCAUUUUGCUGAAAGAUGCUGAUUGUGUAACAUAUUCUAGCUGUUCAAAAUAACAUUGUAAAACCCAGAUAAUGUUUGUGACCUGACUGUCAAACUACAUUUAGAAUUAUGUUUAAUCAAACUAAUGCUUUGAAUUGUGUUUUCACCAAAGAAUAUCUGUGAUUCUUUCAGAUUACUUAGGAGGAUAGCUUGUGCCAACAUUUUAUUUUAAAAACUGAGAUGUUUCACUCAGUUUUAUAAAGGUUUAUAUAAAGAGGUUUAUGUAGAACAUUCCUCAGGGAUAUGGGUAGCUGUUAUGGUUUUGCUUUCAAAAUUCAGGAUGAUUCAAGCAGCAGUGUAGCAGGUAAGGAGGAAGGAAGGGAGCAACAGAGCAGCAAGUGAUGUGUCACAUAUCCAAGAUGACUAUCGCUGUUUCUCAUUUCUCUAUUCCUAUGGUUGGGGUCCAGAGAUCUGCCCAUAGUCAGAGGUAGGUGGAAGCUGACUUUACCACCCUACUUCCCCUACUUCCUGAAAAUGGUCUCCUGUUAGUUGGGGAUCCCUACUGCAUGAGGUGGGCUGAGGCUAAAGGUGGAACUAAUGGAAAGCAAGCAGGGCUCCUGUGAGUUUUCCAUUAAUUCCCCCUUCCUACUCAGCAGGGUCCCCUGACUCUCAGGGGAGCGUUUUUGGGGAGUUCUGGGGCUGGCAGAGAAAGGAGGGGCUG